AACCAUGUAUGUCGCCAUAGUUACCGUCGUUCCAUUAUAGUACAAGAAUCAUGGUAUCCUGGUUUGAAAUCCAUAACAACGGACACGUACUCACCUAAGUUACCCACUGCAACAGCCACCGCCGCCCCCACAUUUUUCUCUCACUUAAUUUCAGGGUAAAUUCCAUGGUAUAACCUAUUGUAAAUCAUUUUUCUGUACGACUCCGGAGAAAAAAGUGUAGGAAAUCUCAGACAAUACAAUAAUUUUUAACUUGUUUGUCAACAAUGUCAAUGAAUCGAUUAUGGAAUCCAGUACGAUCAUUUGCAACACGAUCUGCAUUGAAAAACAAUAGUGUUGGAAUCACGAACAACAACUACAACAAAAUUACGAACACUACGACACAAGAACAAUUUGCGACGAUGGAAAAGCAAAUACUAGACGAAUACAUGAUACCCGGCAAAUUCCUCAGAUAUUUCAAGGCGCAGAAAAAACUACAAAAAUCACUAGCAACAGCUAGUACUGAUACAUCUACAGCGGCAGCAAGUAUAAGUGCAGGGUUGGAUCAUGUGCAUAAAAAGAGUGCACGAUCUAUCAACAUGGACGAGACUGACUCGGCACCCACAGUUGCACAACAAAGACUGGCUCAGCGCAUCCAGCGUGGACUCACCAAAGUGUUUGCGAUUGAACCAUUGCCCACACGAUGGGUGACUCCUUCCUAUGUUUCAAUUCACACGGUUAAAGCAUCACGCAAUCUACGGAAAUGCCAAAUUUUGUACGAACCAGCUACUGAAAAGAAACAUGAAAGGGGCCACGUCCAUCGUGCACUACAGACACAUGCUAGUUGUCUUGAGCAAUUGAUACGAGUACAUGCAGGCCUGCAAAGACCAGUGUCCAUAAAAUUUGUUUCGGAUACCCAGACGAGUGAGCUAGACGCUAUUUUCAAGAAAAUUUCUGCAGAAGGAGAAGAACAAGAAGAACAAUAACAAUAACAUGGUCUCUAACAGAAUAACUUAAUUGGCUUCUGCAAAUCCGAUACGGUUGUUGCCGACAUCAAACACCUAAUGCAACAAAACCAAAUUGCGACAAGACAUCCAGUUAGCAUCCAACU